UAUCACUUUCGUCGAACUACAUACCAACGACCCAUAAUGCACUGAGCCACGGCAUGUGCCUUUCUGUGUCAGCCAUUUUGUAGUUUCCUUGAGAAAUUGUGUGUUGAGUUGAUUCUUCCUCUCGUUUCCUUUAUCGAGUAAAAUUUUUACUGCAGACAUAUUAAGUAACCAUUCGACCGCAUUAAAUAGAUAAAAAAAAAGUGUAUAUAUGAUGGUACGUGUACAUGAAUGGGGACAUUGGGAAGCUCCCACCAGGGGCGGUUUAUCCGACCACCCCUGAAACUUUGGGUCCAGUUACGGUUGCGAUUGAAAGUAAUGCAUCUAAUAUAGAAUACAGCAUCAUGAAUGGAGCACAAAGUGGAAAUGAAUUAACCCUUGAUGCAGGUGUUAAUCUAUUGGAGCCUUCGUCGCAACAUGCCGUAGGUAUUGCAGGUGCAGUGGGAUAUAAUCGUGUAGAUGUUGCUACAUUAGGUGAUGUGUCAACUCCUCCAACCACGAUGGCAGAUCUGUCUGCUUCUGGCAUACCACUGGAUCAACUCAAACAGAUGCUCUCUUCACAGCUUGAAUAUUAUUUUUCCAGAGAGAAUUUAGCCAAUGAUACAUAUUUAUUAUCGCAAAUGGAUAAUGAUCAAUAUGUACCCAUAUGGACAGUAGCUAAUUUCAAUCAAGUGAAGAAGUUAACAAAAGAUAUAAAGCUUAUAACAGAAGUGUUAAGAGAGUCUCCAAAUGUCCAAGUGGAUGAAGAAGGUCAAAAAGUAAGACCUAAUCAUAAACGGUGUAUUGUCAUUUUGCGUGAAAUACCUGAUAGUACACCAUUGGAAGAAGUUAAGAAUUUAUUCUCUGGUGAAGGAUGUCCAAGGUUUAUUUCUUGUGAGUUUGCUCAUAAUAGCUCUUGGUAUGUAACAUUUGAAUCUGAUGAGGAUGCUCAAAAGGCCUAUAGGUUUUUACGUGAAGAAGUUCGAGAAUUUCAGGGAAAGCCAAUAAUGGCUCGAAUCAAAGCUAAACCAAUGAAUAGGUUACCAAUACCUGUUGUUGCUGGAGUAGGUGGCAUCAAAAAUGGGUAUAGAACUCCACCACCACCACCCGUUUAUGAUCCGAGUAGUUAUACGGCUGGACAACAACGCUUCCUAUAUACAAACGGUACCACUAUGCCACAAACUACUAUGCCACCUUAUGCUAAUCAGGUUCAUGUUUAUCAUCAACCUUUUUAUCCUGCUGGAAUGAUGCCUUGGGGGCCAGCAAGUCCUGCUUAUUUCGAUAUGUCCAGUGUUUUCACAAUGAAUCGAAUUACCCCUCAUAGUACAUUUAAGCCUCAUAAUACAAGAUAUAAUCCAAGACACAGAAAUAAACAAAGAAAUGGUCCUGAAAGAGGUUGUCCAAUGGAUAGUGGAGGUGGAAUGGUACCUAUAGGUCGUACAUCACAUCCUCCAAUAAGCGGAGGACCAGUAUCUUUGGCAACGCCAUCUCCUACUUUUGCAUCCAAUUUACCUACGAUAAAACCCUCUUCUGUUUCCUGUCAGAGCGGCACAAAGUUCCAUUCCUCUCAUGCAGGUUUGUCUACUGCGGAAAUACAAUAUAACAGUAAUCACUCAACAAAAGGGCCACAAGAAAACGAUGUACAGACGUUGGAAUCUGGAGUACAAUAUCCACGUCAUCGUAUACAUCGCCGGACCAAAGAUCAAGAUACUAUUUCCAAGGCUAACAACAAUGCUUUACCGUCGAUCAGGGAGUCCACUGUUAGCAGUAAUAACAACACACAAUACAAUCGAGGGGUACAAUUUGAUUUGGAAGCUUCUGCUUUUCCCCCUCUUCCUGGCCUAGACGCCGACCUUACGAAAAUCCAUAAUACAUCUGUAGAAACUGUUAAUAACGACAGUUCACAGUCACAAAAUAGACUGUCAGAUGUGGUAAAGGGAACAGCAAAACUAAAAAAUAUAAAGGAGAAAGAUUCCGCGACUAAUUAUCAACAGUUGGCAAAUAGCAGUAGGCCGGCGAGUCCUGGAUCAAGCGCUGGUGGACAUAACACUGGUUUAUUAGAGGCUACCACUGGCUCUGGAGGUGCAAAUACACCUGCUGUACCCACAGUCUCAAUCUCCAAUCCUUCUGCUAGCAACACUGACUCCACAGACAUCGCCCUCAGCACCAUCACCCUCACUCCUCCGUCGUCUCCCGAUAAGUAUAGUUCUUUCUUACUGAAAUGCACCGCUGACAGAUCUAUAAAGACUGAUGACUUGAACAUGAUGAAUGGUGUGGAUGAGGCCAUAACUACAAACACAAAUGCAGCAGAAGAGUCUGAUCCAGUGACCAGGUGCGCUUGUAACAUCCCUACUGCCUCACAGAAUUCUCAGUUACAUACUGGAGUUACAUCUGCCUUUCCUUUAGAUGUUACAAAGCCAAGCUAUGCUCAAGUAGCACAACAUUGUCGUGACUUACCUUGUACAAAACAUAAAACAGAUGAAAAAGAUGGAAACAUCUAAACUAUUAAAUACUGCUACAAUGAAUUUCAAUAUUUAGCUAUAUUACCAUUAAUUUGGGUUGAGUGGAUUGAAUGCGCUACUGCUUUCAUCCUAAAGUGGAUGUGGUGGAAAACAAGAAAACUUUUUACAUUGUACAGUGACUUUGCCUACAAUGAAUGUGUAUUGAUUAACUAUGGAUCAUAAACAAAUUAUUUCGAGAGACAGCGAUUACCCUACAUUUAAGAGUUACGUUUACAGGCAGAACAACAUGUUGCAUAGAAGAAUAUUGUUAUUGUUUUGGUUCUGUAAUUUUGGAGGUACACAUUUGUUAGCUUGUAAAAAUAUUAAGCUAAUGUAUUAAUCUUUUAAUUCCUUUCUCUCCUAACUUUUGCCCCCUCCCUAUUCCCCGAAUUGCCUACACACUUUCACAAUACAGGGCCGUAACUGGGAAAUAUUGUCUUAGUGCCAAAAAACUUGCUAUGCAUACUUUUUAAUAGAUACUGACCUUUUUUUUUCUUUCUUCUUCUCUCUCUCUCUCCCCUCUUUUUUUAUUUCUCUUUCUCUUCCUCUCUGCCUCUCUCUCUCUCUCUCUUUAUUUCUCUUUCUCACUCUCUCUCAAUUAGCAACCAUAUCUUGGCAAAAAUAUAAUGUUUUUCAUAUAACGCAAGCAACAGACUGAACCUUUGAUAUAGGUUUCUUAAUCUUAGUUAAUUGUAUGUGUACAUAAUUGAGCGAAAUAUAUUUUCCAGAAUAUUGAUUAUGUAUAUAAAGAGAUAAACAGCCACACACAAUAAUAGACAAUUUUUCAGUUCGUAUUCUUUUUACUCAAAUCUACUUCAUUCAUCUGUUUGUAUAGUUAUUCUGCUUUUAGCUAAUAUUCGCUUAUUUAUCUGCAGCUAUGAUUAAACAUGUAAAUAUUUAAUAUAUGAAGAACAAGAAAAAAAAUUAAAAAUAAAAAUAAAAACAUUAUCGAAGAAUAAGUACUCUAGAAUUUCAAAAAAAAAAAAAAAAAAAAAAAAAAAGAAAAAAAAAAUUAUCGAUUAAAUAAAUUAUUAAACAAGGUAUAUAUAAAGUAAGAAAAAUAAAAAAAAUUUAAUUGUAUUAUGUAGCAUCUUGCAUAGAAAAACUCUGGAGUGCUUUUGGAAGUUUAGCUGAAAUUAAUGAUUUUGUUUAAUGAUAAAUCAAAUUUAUAACAUGGGCAAAUAUAUAUAAUGUGUAUGUGUGGGAGCACUUGUUUUGAUAUUGCUAGAUGUAAAUAAAAUUAAACUUGCAGUCGUUAAUACGUGCAGUAUUUUGAGUUAGAUUAUAAUAUUAAGCUAUUUAGAUAACAUUGUUUGAGAGAACCAUCCACAUUAGAAUGAAGAUUGUAUACGUUGGUGUGUUAUAUUUUCCAUUUCAGAAGUUCGUUUUUAUUUCAAGAUUAGCGAGAGAGUAAUGUUUUCACAUUUUCUGUGAAUACUUAUAUGUAAUGGUACAAAAUCAUUAAAUAAAAUGAUAGUCUCUAAAACAUUAAGGAGGUAGAAAUUUAUAAGAUAAAAUCAAAACAUUUUCUCUGCUGAGACAUGUAUUUGACACAAUAUAUAUUUACGUUAAAAUAUAAAUUAUGAAACAAAUUUUGAAAAUAUAACAUUCCAUGGUGUUCCAAAUACUUUCUAGUCUUUACUAGAGAAGCUUUAAGUGAUUUAUUCCAAUUAUAAUCAGACACAGAUUAAUCUGAAGUUAAUCGUUAUCAAUAUUCUGGAAUAUAUUAUUCUGUUUCUAUUGAUCAAAAGAAACAACUGUUAUAAAAUAUUGGAAUACCUGAUUACGGCACUGACUUUCCUUUUUGAUGACACUGUUACGAGAGAUAACAUACCACGUAGAAUAAUGCUUAUAAGCAAGUAAUAUAAGAAAUAUCAGAAAAUGGUCUUUGAGCACACAUUUAAGUGCCUCAAGUGUUGUGUAUAUUACAGGAGCUUGGCUUUAGAUGUUAUAUGAUUAUAUGUACCUAUACAUUAUAUAGUAAAGAGCGCAUAUGAUAUAUUUGUUACUGAUAUGCGUACAGAAAUUGAAGUAACGGAUGCUGGAACAAAAAAAAACCAAUCUCCUAAAUAAUGAAGAAUUAUCAAUGAGAAUGAAACUGUAUCUUAAGUUUACAAUGCUGCCUUUUUUUUAUAUUUUAAAUGAUUAGGUACAAUAUUUAAUAUACAAAAACAAAAAAAA